AUGGUUGAGCCGGACUCUCCAAGGAGAGACAGGUGUGAGAUAUUAGGUCCCUUUUCACUCCUAAUUCAAGGGUGCCUAGGCAUUCUUGCACUAUCUUCUUUGGUUUGGAAAAGAUUCCACGAGUAUCCAAAUAGACGACCCUGGAGGGUUUGGUUCUUUGAUGUUUCCAAGCAGGUUCUCGGAGCUCUUGGUGUGCAUCUGCUCAAUAUUGGAAUGAGCAUAUUGGGCGGGAAUUCGGACGAAUGGUUUAAAGAAAAUGGUGAUCCAAACAACCAAACAACUUCUCCAUAUUAUCUACAAUACAAGCAGGGCCGGCCAAAGCCUUCAGAUCUCUGUGAUAAUCCCUGCGAUUACUAUUUCCUCAAUAUUCUAUUCGAUACAACUGUCGGCAUUCCAAUUCUAUGGGGGCUUCUUUAUGCGAUUUAUCACCUCGCAAAGAAGUCGGGCAUAUCGGGAAUAGAUAGUGGGGAGUAUGGCAAUCCUCCUAGAUUUGACUACUAUUCAAAGCAGCUUGGACUAUACUUCUUGGGGCUUUUAUCCAUGAAGCUUAUUAUUUAUACGCUUCUUGUUCUCUGUCCAUUUCUUGUGCGUUUUGCCGUUUGGAUACUUAGCUGGUCAGAUUCCAUUCCAGAGCUUCAAGUGGCUUUUGUCAUGAUGAUUUUCCCGCUAAUUAUGAACUCCUUCCAAUAUUACGUGAUCGAUAACAUCAUCCAGAGCCCUGAGUACUACAAAAUGAACAAGAAACUCAAGCAUCGUGUUGUAAUUUCUUCCUCUAACAAUACCGAUGAAGAACAGAGCUCUAUCUCUGAGCAGUCUUCGGAAAUUCACGGCUUGUUGGGCCAGCCAAAGCCACGUUUGAGUGAGGCAAAUUCCGUUGACAAAAGCUGA